UGCUUUUGGUAACUGAAGCACAAGAGAGAGAGAGCAGUAGCUCAUUUUCGAGGCUUCAGAAAUUCAAACAUGGGCCUGCUUCAGGCCCAGGCUAUAAAUUGAAUCGGAGAAGACGAGCUCAAAGAAUGGUCGUCUUCAUCGUCUUCAACGCUGACCGCACCACCGUCCAGCAUCAACCCAUCGACUGGCAUUUCCUUCGAUCCUGCAAGUUGCCGGCGAAAUUCGCAUCGUCUACGCAAAUACACAUACGAUGUCAACAAAACCCUCGUCGCGAUUGAUCCAAGGCUUUCUGAGAUUGCAUCGCCACCACCACCAUCAGCUUCACCUACCGAAAUCGCCCCCUGCCAACGCUCAUUCCUCCUCCCACUUCGCUACUGCAGCCGUCGAUCCCGCCGCUCGCUCCUCGCCCCCUUCUUCUCUCUCUCGCUCGUUUCCUUUCUCCAAUUCGUCGAGCUCGGCCUCCGGCAGCGCGCGAAAUUCGUGCAAAUCUAGAGCAUUUAGUAACGUGGCCGCACCUGGGACGCUCGCUCCUUCGAGGUCGGCUCACGUUUCUCAGAGGACGGGCCAAGCUUUGCCGAAGAGUUUCUCGCCGGCGGAACUCGGUCGGUUGAGAUUGAAUUGUUAUGGGGUCCGGCAUUUCUCGUUCCAGAGCUCCGGGAAUGGGGGUUUUGCGAAGAAGGUUUUCGAGAAGCCGGCAAUGUCGGUUUCUACUACGCUGAGUAAAUACCGGGAGGCCAUUGGGUUGCAAGUAGAGUCGUUUUUGAGGAGCAAUUAUCUGUUCCUUGUGGGUGCCGGAGCCGUGAUGGUGUGCGCCUUGUUGUGGAGGAUCAUGUUUGGGAUUGCCAAUACUUUCGUCGGGAUCUCCGAGGGGAUGGCAAAGUACGGGUUCCUCGCCCUUUCCUCCGCUAUUGUCGCCUUUGCUGGCCUCUAUGUGCGUGCAAGAUUCACGAUUAAUCCAGAUAGAAUUUAUAGAAUGGCCAUGAGGAAGCUGAAUACACAUGCUGGAAUUCUCGAGGUAAUGGGGGCCCCUCUCACUGGAUCAGAUUUAAGAGCUUAUGUGAUGUCUGGUGGCGGUGUUACCUUCAAAAAGUUCAAACCCAGGCUCAGAAGCAAGCGGUGUUUUCUCUUAUUCCCUAUACGAGGUUCAGAAAGAAAGGGCCUAGUCAGCGUUGAAGUGAAAAAGAAAAAGGGCCAGCAUGAUGUUAAGUUGUUGGCCGUCGAUGUUCCAAUGUCAUCAGGACCUGACCAGCGGUUAUUUCUGAUUGGUGACGAAGAAGAAUACAAGGUUGGUGGUGGCUUAAUAUCUGAACUGAGAGAUCCGGUUCUAAAAGCAAUGGCGGCAACGAAGGAAUUUGAUGAUCUUGAUGAAAUUGAGGAAGAGGAGGAUGCUGAAAGAGAACUUCAGGAGGCAGAGAAGAAGCAUCGCGAAGAAAUGGAAAAGCUUGAAAAGGCUGGCCGAGAGUGAUUGUUCGUAAAGACUUUCUCGUUGAUUUAUACAGUAGGAUGGCACGGGAGGCCCGAGUCAUUGUAUCGCACAGGAGGCCUGAGGCAGUGUGGUCGCCUUUCAUGUGUUAUCUGAUGAGUUCUUUCAUUUCUUUUGAGUGGUGAAGCUAUCCGCGGGAAAUAAUCAUCUUAUCACUUCAACGUUCUCGCUUCUCUUGUAAGGUAUCAUUGGUUUGACCAAAAUGGAUAGGGAGAACUGAGAUACUGUUUCUUGAAACUGAAUUUUUCUGAAUCUCAAUUUUCAAACUUUUGUUGUGAUUUUCGUCA